UCAUUGUGCCUUUCAACAAACUGCAAAAAUCUGUGGCGUCACUUGGUGGCGCUGCAGGAUAAUAUCACGGACAAAGAUCACACAGAAUCACGGCCGUGACUGCAUCCCCCGCACACAAAGAACUGCACAGAGUGAAAGAGCCAGCCAUCAAGGGCGACCUCUCAGCUACCUAUUCAAUAAGGUUAAAGCGCUUAGGCGCGAGCUUUUGGUAGACAAAUCCAGGAUUCUUUUCCCAUCAGUUGUGAGGUGGAGCUAAGGCGUUUCUGAGGGAAGCCUUCGGGAAAGGAGCCAUGGAGAUUGGAAGGACAGGGUGUCUGCGCACCAGGCAAGUCCUGCUUCUCUUUAUUUCGCUGGGAAUAGCUUGGGCUGGCUCAGAAACCGGGCGCUUUUCGGUGGCGGAGGAAACGCCCAGUGGAAGCUUGGUGGGCAAUUUGAUUAAGGACUUGGGCUUGGAGGUGGGAGAGCUGGCGUCCCGGGAGGCCCAGGUGGUCUCUAAUGAUCGCAAACAGCCACUGCAGCUGGACAGCAGCACCGGGGAUUUGGUCCUAAGCGAGUCACUAGACCGGGAGGAGCUGUGUGGCUCCACCGAACCCUGCGUGCUGCACUUCCAGGUGAUAAUGAGACAUCCUCUGCAGUUCUUACGGCUCGAGCUUGAGGUCACGGAUGUCAAUGACCACCCUCCCGUCUUUUUAGAAAAAGAAAUGCUCCUGGAGAUCCCAGAGAACAGCCCCGUGGGUGCCGUGUUCUUACUGGAAAGUGCAAAGGAUUUAGAUGUUGGGGUCAAUGCUGUAAAUGGUUAUGAGGUAAGCCCCAACUCUCAUUUCCACGUAAAACUGAGAGUCAAUCCCUACAGUGAGAAAUACCCAGAGUUGGUUCUGUAUAAGGCACUGGAUUUCGAAGCUCAGCCCGAGCUCAGCCUCACCCUCACGGCGCUGGACGGCGGGGCUCCACCCCGGUCCGGGACAGCCAUGGUUCGGGUGAUGGUCGUGGACACUAACGACAACGCCCCCACAUUCGAGCGCCCGUUUUAUGAGGUAAUAAUCCCAGAGAACAGUGUUCUGGGUUCCCAGGUCGUCAGCGUGUCAGCUUGGGAUUCAGACUCAGGAACAAACGGGGAAAUAUCCUACACCUUCUCCCAUGCCUCGGAAGAUAUUCGCAAGACAUUUGAUAUUGAUGGGAAAUCUGGAAAAGUUACUCUGAGAGGAUUCUUAGAUUUUGAAACAGCUCAAUCCUACUCAAUAAUCGUUCAAGCCACAGACAGGGGCGGCCUCUUUGGAAAAGCUGCAGUCCGAAUUCAGGUGACAGAUGUGAACGACAAUGCUCCCGAGAUCGCUGUGUCCUCAAUAACCAGUGAAAUUCUAGAAAACUCGCCUGUGACGGUAGUUAUGCUUUUCAGUAUCCGGGAUAGAGAUGAGGGGGAAAAUGGGAAGAUGGUUUGUUCUAUCCCGGAGGACAUUCCAUUUGUGCUAAAAUCUGACGUUGCAAAUUACUAUAUUUUGGAGACAGAAGGACCAUUGGACAGGGAGGCCAAAGCCCAGUACACCAUCACCAUCACCGUCUCAGACCUGGGCACGCCCAGGCUGCAGAGCCAGCACAACGUGACAGUGCACGUGUCCGACGUCAACGACAACGCGCCCACCUUCAGCCAGGCCCUGUACACCCUGUUCGUGCUGGAGAACAACAGCCCCGCGCUGCACAUCGGCAGCGUGAGCGCCAGCGACAGGGACGCGGGCGCCAACGCCCAGAUCACCUACUCGCUGCUCACACAAGACCACACAACGCAGCAGCCACAGCCACAGGGGCAGCCGCAGGGGCAGGGGCAGGAGCAGGGGCAGGCUCGGCCGCAGGUGGACGUGGGCGCGCUGGUGGCCCUGGACGCAGCGAGCGGGCAGCUGUUCGCGCUGCGCGCGCUCGACUACGAGACCCUGCGCGCCUUCGAGUUCGGCGUGCGCGCGUCGGACGGCGGGUCUCCGGCGCUGAGCGGCGAGGCGCGCGUGCGCGUGGUGCUGCGCGACGCCAACGACCACGCGCCGCGCGUGCUGUACCCGCCGCGCAACGGCUCAGCGGCGGGCGCGUGCCCCGAGCUGGUGCCGCGCGGCGCCGAGGCGGGCUACCUGGUGAGCAAGGUGGUGGCGGUGGACGGCGACUCGGGCCGCAACGCGUGGCUGUCGUACGAGCUGCUGCAGGCCACGGAGCCCGGGCUGUUCGGCGUGUGGGCGCACAGCGGCGAGGUGCGCACGGCGCGGCCUGUGAGCGAGCGCGACGCGCCGCAGCAGCGGCUGCUGGUGCAGGUGCGCGACCACGGCGAGCCGCCGCUCUCGGCCAGCGUGGCGCUGCACGUGCUGCUGGUGGACGGCUUCUCGCAGCCCUACCUGCCGUGGCCCGACGCGCCGGCGGGGAAGGCGGGCUUGGCGGGACUGGCGGGACUGGCGGGUGUGGGGGGCGAGGCUGGGCAGGCGGAGGCGCUGACGGUGUCGCUGGUGGUGGCGCUGGCGGCGGUGUCUUCUCUGUUCUUGGCGUCUGUGUUGGCGCUGGUGGCCGCGCGGCUGUGUGGGCGUGGCGGUGCUGAGGGUGCUGUGGCGGUGGGGUCUGGGUGUGGGGUGUCUGUGGGCGAGGGCCACUUGUUCCCUGCGGGGGCUGGGUGUGGUGGUGUGGGUCCUCUGGUGGACGUGGGCGGGGCGGGGACGCUGUCUCACAGCUACCAGUAUGAGGUGUGUGUGAGUGGAGGGAGUGGGACAGGUGAGUUCAAGUUCGUGAAGCCGAUUAUGCCUAACUUCUCAACCCAGGUCACUGGCAAGGAAAUAGAGGAAUCGCCUGCUUUCUGCCGUGAGUUUCGAUUUAGUUAUGAAUGA